GUUUUGGACCAAGCGGUUCUUUGCGCGCACUGGGCCCGACCGCACUGAAGCCACGCCCCUUUCCCCGGCUCAGACCACGCCCAAGGCCCCAUCAAACUCCUCCCGGAGGCCCCCUCCGGUCCUAUUUCCUCCCUCGCGGGUGGAGGCUCUGUAGAGAGGAUUUUCUCGGCCCAUCGCGGUCUGCGGCGUGUUUAAGGCAUUCGGGUUAGCUGAUCUCCGCACCGCCUCGGCCUGCAUCUUGCUGUCUGCACCUCCAGCAUGUCGUUCAGCUUGACUGAGUGGCUGUGGCAGGAGACAUACUGGUUACCACCCAAUGUCACAUGGGCAGAGCUGGAGGACCGUGAUGGCCAGGUGUUCGCCCACCCUCACCACGUGCUUGCUGCCUUGCCAGUGGCUCUGGUCCUGGUGGCUGCUCGAAUCGUCUUUGAGAGGUAUGUGGCCUUGCCCCUGAGCCGGUGGAUGGGUGUGCAGGAUCCAAUCAGGAGAAAGAUAAAGCCCAACCCCGUGCUGGAGAAAUACUUCCUCAGGAUGAAGCAGCGUCCAGAGGAGACACAGAUGGCCCUCCUGGCUUCCCAGUGUGGCCUCACGCUUCGGCAGACUCAACGCUGGUUCAGGAGACGUCGGAACCAGGAUCGGCCUUCCUUGUCCAAGAAGUUCUGUGAAGCCUGCUGGAGGUUCGUCUUCUAUCUGUGUUCCUUUGUGGGUGGCACCUCCAUCCUCUACCAUGAAUCGUGGUUGUGGACGCCGUCAUUGUGCUGGGAGAAUUACCCACGUCAGACCCUGAAUUUGUCCCUGUACUGGUGGUACCUCCUGGAGCUGGGCUUCUACCUUUCACUGCUGAUCACUUUGCCCUUUGACAUCAAACGCAAGGACUUCAAGGAGCAGGUAUUGCACCACUUUGUGGCCGUGGGACUGAUAGUCUUCUCCUACAGUGUCAACUUGCUCCGCAUUGGCACUGUGGUACUGUUGUUGCAUGACUGCUCCGACUACCUGCUGGAGGGUUGUAAGAUGCUCAACUAUGCCCACUUUAAGCGAGGGUGCGAUGCUCUCUUCAUCAUCUUCGCCUUAGUCUUCUUCUACACGCGCCUCAUAUUCUUCCCCACCCAGGUCAUCCAUACUUCUGUGUAUGACUCCAUCGCGAACUCGGGCCCCUUCUUUGGCUACUACUUCUUUAUUGCGCUCUUGGUGAUGCUGCAGAUUCUUCACGUCUACUGGUUCUGCCUCAUCCUGCGCAUGCUCUCCAGUUUCCUGUACAAGGGUCAGAUGAGAGAGGACAUUCGUAGCGAUGUGGAAGAACCAGACUCCAGUGAUGACGAGGCAGUUUCUGAAGGUCCACAGCUGAAGAAUGGGAUGGCUCGAGGGUCUAGAGCAACCGUUAGCAAUGGCCCGCGGAGCCGGGCAGCGGCAUGCCUGACCAAUGGGCACACCCGGGCCACAUAGACAACCUCAGACUGAUGUUGAGGGGUUGCCGCCAGCAUUGUGAAUAUUCGGAUGCUGGGCUGGUGAUUCUGGGAGACAGGGAGGCCCUACCUACCUCAUGGUAGGAUGAAGACUGAUGAUCUGUUUCCCUUCUGUUCCUCUCCCUUUAUCCUUUUGAGCAGCUUGACAGAACCUGGGGGAGCAGUGGACUCNGCAUCUGGCCAGAGCCACCCUCAGGCUGUAGCUUGGGGGCCAUGAGGAGCUUUGGCUCCAAGGACCAAUAAAACUUCAACAGCGAUGAAUUCUCUGCCCCAGAGCUUAAGUUCCCUUCACAGCAGUUCCUCUCCAUAACUUACUCUGUUGACAGGAUUCCUCACUGCCACAUCAAGGUUUAUGUCCACUCUUGCCCGUAUAGCACCACAGCGUGAAGAUGCUCCCUGCUCCUCAGUCAGUGCCUUCACUUUGUUCUACUUCAUAGUAGCUCUCCAGGACNUUGGUGUGAGCUGAUAGAGGCUGACUUGUAGGAAAGAAAUUAUUAAGCUUAGAUGAAGCCUCUCUGCUGCUGUCCAAGCCAGAGGGUAGAGCAGAAACCUGCGGAUGUCCUUGUAGUCCCUUGCUUAAAGCAACCUGCAUCCCACCCUGGGGUCUUUUACUCCCUUGAGACAGUGGAGACCUAAGAUUUGGUGUGCGGUCACUAUCUUUAGGAGUGCUGUAGGAAAACNUCCUCCUCCAAGAUGGAGGCUGAGUAGUAUUACUGAACUCNGAAACCAAAGCCAGAGGAUCCNUGUAUGGUNAGACCUUGCCCUCUUUGGGAGUAUGCAUGAGGAACAGAGUCUCGUGGAAGAAUGAGAAUCAGAGAGUGGGGAGAAGAGGUCAUCUCAGGCAAUCUCUAAAAAUAAAGACAAAGAGCAGAGCCUGGCAUGGUGACUCAUGACUGUCAUUUAACACUAGGGAAGAAGAAGCCACUAGACUGGAAGAACAUAUAAGCCUGGGAUACAAAGCAGGGCCAAGGUUCAAAACAAACAGUGGGAGGGGGGUGUCAAGUAACAGGUGCUGCAGAAGAGAAAACUAGAUAAAAAUCUGAGAUAGAAACAGCUAAGAAAAGGAUAGAAAAAUGCUGGGGCAAGAAUGAGGGUCAACUCUGCGUACAGAAUAAGGUGGUGGGGAGAUGAGAUAGAUUUUCGCCUUCUGGAGAAAUAUGGGAAAAAGGAAAAGAAAUGUGACUUCUGUUGAGAGAACAACAGUUUAGGAGAAACGGAAGGUACACUGGUAGAGAAUGCCUAGAGGCUUGUGAAAGAGACAA